AUGGAGGUGGAGCAGGUGGUUCAGGCGACAAAGGUGAAACUGGUGAAGCCUAAGCCAGUCAAGAAAAAGCAAAGUGCGAAGGGUGCAGCCAGUAAUCUUACCUCAGAGAGUUCCCAUGAACCUCUGGCAAAGUCUAUCAUUCAAGGUGGAGAUAAUCACACUGUGGGUCUAGGGGAUGCUGAUAGCGUAGAUAUAGGAAUCAAUUGUGGCAAGGUGAUCAGUAAUGAGGGUGUGAAGCCAAAGAAGAAGAAGAAGAAGAAGAAGAAGAAGAAGAAGAAGAAGAAGAAGAAGAAGAAGAAGAAGAAGAAGAAGAAGAAGAAGAAGAAGAAGAAGAAGAAGAGGGUUGAAAACCUUAUGUCCUGUGAAGCGAUCAAUGCUGCAAGGAGGCAGAUUGCUGAUUGUACUGAUGCCAAGGCCCCUGAUAACAACAAGAAAAUGCCCUCCCUUGUUUCUGACAAUCAAUCUGUCUCUGGCAACACUGGUGUUCAGUCAGCAACCACAUUGCAAACAAGCCAGACUGCAGCUACCACUCCUUCAGAAAAUUCCACAUCAGAGGACGAUGAAGUUUUCAAAGAGCACUUGUCUACUCUUGCCGCUGGAGGGAAAGGGAAGGUGGGGAUGCAGAGUGUUGUAGAGAUCGCAGAAUCUGUGGAUAAAGGACCUGUGUCCACGCUGUUCGAAUUAUUACCAUUCAGCCAACAAGCUGAAAUAAUACAAUAUGCUCUAGAGCAGGCAACUCGCACUACUGGUACUGCCAAGAGGACCAUUGAAGAUGUUGAAAUGGCUGGUGAUGCUACAUACAUUGUCUUGUCCGAAGAGGACACAAUGGAAGAGGACCGUGUGGACAGUGAUGCUGACCUUAUGGAACUCAGUGAUAUGGAAGUUCAGAUUGUCCCAUCCCAGGUCGAGGAGGUCAUCAAGCCAGCCCGCACAACUACAAGGACAAGUGUAACAGCCUCUGGAAACCCAAGUGCACCUAAGAAAGCCAAAUUGGAACCAGUUCCCCAGGACACUAAGAUUCUCAGGAUGGUAUUGCCCAAGCCUGAUUUGAUGGCUGCUGACCUAGCAACAAAGCCUAAACCCGGAUGCCAAUGGCGAAACACUGACCUCCCACCUGUUAUGUUGCAGGGUGGCAUGUGGUGCAGGAAUUUUAUCCCCACUGUUUUUCUUUGGGUGGGCGCCCAGCCGAGCUUCUGGUCUAUUGAGAUUGAGCAUUUACUCCCUGCGCUACAGGCGAUUUUUGAUGUCGCAUAUCCAGGAAUGAUGCACAAUGUUCAACCAAAGGGGCCUAUUGUAGGUUUGGUAAAUCAGCAGCUAUGCUCCUGGCGCAGCAAUUUCGGGUCAACCGCAAUUGCACUUGUUACUAAUUUUAUGGUAUCCUCCAGAGAUAGUGAGAGCAGAGCUGAUGAUAACGCCGAGUUUGAACAAGGGCUGGCAGAAGCCCUUCUCAGUCAAUAUGCCUUCCUCUAUGAAAAUCCAGACACUUGCAACCCAGAUGAGAUCUACCAGUCGACAUUCAUGUUGGAAAUGAUUGAGACGGCUCAUGUCAAUGCGACCACUGGAUUCCUUGAGGUACCUGCACUCAACACACGCGAUCUGCAAUUAAAUGGUAUGCAGGCUGUAAUUGCCGCAUGUGCCAUCACACUUGAACACGCUUUUUCCUAUGCUGCAACACCCAGGGUUCACAUGGAUGACCAAGGCAGUGCAAAGGGCAGUACUACCAGCAGCGAGGCCUACAAAACUCCCCCAGGGAUACCACCAUUGCCAGCCUUCUUGGAGACAAACUGCGGGCUCGCAAUGGCAGAGUACUAUGAAUCCAUUGCAAAACAUGGCACACAGUACACAGUGGACAUCAUCGACUUGUAUCAUGCGUUUUUAAGUGGCUCUCGCACAAAUAAGCAAGAAAAAGUUGAGAAUAAAUCUCACAGAGGACUCUCGAAGCUCCUUCAUCCCAAGUCCUGGGGCAAGUCAACCAACCCUUCCGUUCCAGGUGCUCAACACUCUCCGAACCCUGCAAGUUCCAGCGCACAGGAUCUCCUGCCCGUUCGGAUAAGCCAAGAUCCUUUACCACUCGCCAUUCCUGCUCCCAAAUCAGAUCCUGACCGGUCUGCCAAUUCAGGCACUGCAAAGGUCCAUCAGUAA